GAUAGUCUAUAAUUCAUCUCGGGUUAUUGUUUUUUGACUGUUUUGAAAAUUCAAUGGCUACUCGCUUCUCAACUUUCGUAUUCCCCCUCAUACUGAGUGUUUUUAUGUUGAUGAGGUUUGAUUGUUUUGUGAUGACGGUGAGUGCGAGACAUCUUUUGGAGACACCAGUACCUAAGGUACCUGAAGAGCUUCCGGCACCAGAAAUACCCAGUUUGUCAAAGCCCGAGCUUCCUCCAUUGCCGAAGGUUGAGUUGCCUCCUUUGGGAAAGCCUAAAGUGCCUGAAUUGCCAAAGCCUGAGCUCCCAAAAGUACCUCAGUUGCCUCCUUUGGAAAAGCCUAAAGUGCCCGAAUUGUCAAAGCCCGAGCUCCCAAAAGUACCUCAAUUGCCUCCUUUGGAAAAGCCUAAAGUUCCCGAAUUGCCAAAGCCCGAGCUUCCAAAAUUACCUCAGUUGCCUCCUUUGGAAAAGCCUAAAAUGCCUCAAUUGUCUAAGCCUGAGGUCCCCAAAUUGCCUCAGUUCCCUCCUUUGGAAAAGCCUAAAGUGCCCGAAUUGUCAAAGCCUGAGCUCCCAAAACUACCUCACUUGCCUAAACUUGAGGUUCCCGUAGUACCAGAAUUACCUAAACCUGAACUCCCUAAGUUGCCUGAAUUUACACCACUACCCAAGCCCGAUUUACCUACCCUUCCAAAGGACAUACCUAUUCCUUCGUUCAACCCACCACACACAUCUACCAUUAAACCUUGAAUACCAUAUUCAACUUCGGGCUACAAGAGUUGAACUAAAGAUACGUUCAUACACGACUGAAAACUAUAUUUGUUUUUCUCUUUUUAAUUAUCAUUUUAAGUGAGUGUUUGAGUUGUUUACGUUUGUCGUCUCUAUUCAUGUAUGUGUUCCUAUACUUUGAAAUUGUCUUCCACACUAUAUUAUAUUAAUAAACGUUGAUUUGUGUUUUUUUUA